AUGGAUCUACUAACUGCAAUUAUUCUCCUGGCUGCUUUGUUACACCAAUCUGAUGGACAGUCUCCAAAUGAAAAACAGAUCGUUGAGCUGCACAAUGACAUCCGGAGAUCUGUAAUUCCCACAGCCAGGAACAUGCUGAAGAUGGUGUGGAGUGAGAAAACUGCCAAAAAUGCUCAGAAAUGGGCAAAUCAGUGUGGGAUGAAAGUCAGCCCAAGAGACAAGAGAGUUAUUAAUGGUGUCGCCUGUGGUGAGAAUGUGUUACUGUCAGCCUACCCAAGGACAUGGGCUGAUGCAAUUCAAGUGUGGUACAGUCAGUCCUCCAAUUUCAAGUAUGGAUAUGGAGCAAUCUCAAAAAAUAUCAAUGUUGAGAGCUACACUCAGCUAAUCUGGUACAACAGUUACAAGGUGGGAUGUGGAGUUUCCUACUGUCCCACAGGCUCCUACAAGUACUUUUAUGUUUGCCAAUAUUGCCCUGCAGGAAAUAACCCAAUGCAAAUAGCUAUGCCUUACAGAAGCGGACCAAAAUGUGCUGACUGUCCUGGCCACUGUGACAAAGGACUUUGCACCAACCCCUGCAAAUACCAGGACCUCCUUGGAAACUGCAAAAAUCUGAAAAUGUUGUUUGGCUGUAACCACUCACUGGUGAAGAAGAAGUGUCCUGCAAGCUGCAAAUGCACCACUCAAAUCAUCUAAAAUCCUGCUGGGUGUCAUUAUAGCUGCUGAGAGAUUAUAAGGAAAGUGUAGAACCCACUGUAAAGUAUAUUGUGUAUU